AUGGAGACUACGAUCGUCCUUACCAUGUUCGCAACACUUGCUCAAGCGGGCCUCCUACCAUUCUUGCCGUCGAUCGAAGUGCGAGACAUGCUCCAAAACAGCACGGCCAAUGUUUAUGCAGGACAGAACACUACUCAAGUCGAUCCUGAAUCUAUGCGAGACUACAACACAACCGAGUAUCGUGUCUAUAUUGCAUUCCUGGUAUCCGGCAUUGUAAUGGCUGUAGCUAUCCUUCCCGUUUCGUGUAGCCCCGACAUACUGUAUUGGUACCGUAGGAAGCGAGAGGAUAAGCAAGUUCGGCAACGGAAGGCUGAUGUAGAGAUGGCCACUGCAAAGAUGCGUGCUAUGGCUCAGCCGGACAUGGUUUAUUUGCGUCCUGAGCGAGCCGGAUAG